UCCGCAACUUUCCCUAACCUUUGUUUGGUGCUUUGCAUCCCAUAAAAUACGUUUCCAGAGCUCUGCUAGCCACAGACUUGAGAAAAACGCGACAAACACACACAUAACACACCGCAGCACAAUAAAACAUGCGGAAAUGUGCGAAAUAACAGUUGUCAGCUAAGUUUUGGUAGGCCUAUUGAACAUGCCCAAGACCAACCCUUGGAUCGUGGAGCCCAGCUUCCACAGCUAUCCGGUCGUCUAUAUGUAGAUGCUUUCUCUCGUCACAUAGUGUUCGAAGUUUUAUUCAACGAGUUGAAAAUAUAUGGACAUUGCGGUUUUACUCGAGGAGGUGUGUUGUAAGCUGUGACGUGCGAACCAUGAAGAGACUGGCAGUGUUUAUGUGCAAUUGUGUCGGUCGGCUGCACGCAGAGGCAAUCUUGUUCCCUCUGUGAAUUUAAUAUCAUGUAUACUUGGAAUGCGGCAUAACUAUGUGGCCAAUGGCUAAAGGGAACAUCAUUGAAUUAUCCAGUCGUUGAGGACAGAAAGGUACCCUGGACAUGGUAGUCGAAGGUCGUGGGGCGAACUCCCGCUACGCCCCCACGACGGGGAUGACAGCCCGCGAACUGUGCGAGAGCGAUGACACUGCCACUAGCCUCAUCCUUGAUCCAUACCUUGGAUUUCCCACACACAAAAUGAACCUUAGGUUUCGUCCAUAUAAGUCUGGCAAGCAUGAGCUGCAGCAGGUGAUACUGAAUUUCAAGGAGCACUGCGACUACGAGAAAACGUACACAGAACUGAUGGACUUCAUUCCAGCGAAUCACUUAUCCAAGUCAAGACAAGCUCCUUUCAAAGCGCAUGUGUUCCGAUACCUGCGCAUGUUCGACAAGGAAGCCGGCUUUGAAGUGGAGCGCUGUUCGCGUUAUUCCAUGGAAGACAAUGUGGGGGCAAAGAUCUCGUCGACGCGGAAGUGGCACAAGAAUGAGAAAAUUCAUUACCUGGUAGGAUGCAUAGCAGAGUUGACAGAGGAAGAGGAACAUCAACUCCUCUGUCCUGGCCGUAAUGACUUCAGUGUCAUGUAUUCCUGUCGAAAGAAUUGUGCUCAGCUCUGGCUGGGGCCCGCUGCCUUCAUAAACCAUGAUUGUCGCCCCAACUGCAAGUUUGUGUCAACGGGUCGUGACACGGCUUGUGUGAAGGUGUUACGCGACAUCGAGGAAGGGGAGGAAAUUACCUGCUUCUACGGUGAAGACUUCUUUGGUGACAACAACAGCUACUGCGAGUGUGAGACGUGUGAAAGGAGGGGAUCCGGGGCAUUCAGUGCAAGAAAAGGCAAGCAACAACCUCAUGGAACGGAGCUGGCGUACAGUCUACGUGAGACAGACAACAGACUGAGCAGGUGGAAACAGCAGCAGAAGAGUAAGGAGGCAAACACUGCCAUCAAUACCUCCACAGCUGAUACUAAACCUGCGAAGAAGCCUGUCACGCUGCACUCAAACGAUAAUGUGAACAAGGAACUGUUGCAGGCGGAAAGGAAUAGCUUAGGGACCAGGAGGGCUGCUGUGCUCAAGCACCUUCAAGAAAAGGCUUCCAACCCCAGUCGAACCAACAGUAGUUACCCAUCAAAACAUGACGCAGACAAGCUGAUUUUGUCCACCAAAAACGACCAAGCUCCUCUUGCUCGCAACCAUCAAGCCACAGACAUGCACCGCAGGAAAGAAGAGCGCGGAAGAGACAGGGCAACCAUGCAGCUGCGAGCGAAAGAGACGGGGCAUCAUGCAAACGGAGUGGUGUGCCCCAAAACCCCCACCGUGGCAAGGACGAGAAACCAGCAGAGGUCGGAAAACAAGACGGCAGCCUCCGCCUCCAGGAUCGCGUGCGCAUCAAGGAAGCCCGAGCAGGCCUCAAUGUCCGUAGCCGGCAGCGGAAGUAGAAUGGCGUCCCGCGGGAUCCCCUCGGAAGCGUCUCCACCUCCAGCCGCAUCCGCGGACGCCGUGCAGACGCGGAACUGCUGUACCAGAAGCUGCGCCACGGGAACGGAUGGGCCGUCAUGCGACGCAAAGUUGGCCGAAGUCUGCAAGACUGAAGUCGAAGCGGAGGCGUGCGGUCCGAGGGUGGCUGCCGAGAUGCACAACGGCGUUCACGAACCCGCCGCGAAGGAAACUCCGCCGAAAACGAUGGACAGGGUUGCUCAGGGUGGGAACCGUAAUGAAGAAAGGCAGAAAGAAAAGAAAGUCUUACGGAAAUGCAGGAAGUCCGAAAGAAAGAAACCUGCGGAACAAAUGGAUGCGGCAGGAGAGCUGGGAAAGGUUGAAGCAGAAAGCAAGGUCUUGAAAUUGGAAUUACAAGAAGCGAAGGCAGAAGACGUGGGAGGGAAUGACGAGCUGUCGCGCGUCACGGGAGAACGAAAAUUUGAAACAAACGAAAAUGAAUGUAAGGGUGCAGAGUUGAGGCACUGUAUUAAUAGGAGCGUCGGUGACAGCUGUGAAGCAGCGAGUACAAAUGCUCCCCUUCACCAUUCAGUCGAGAGCGGCAACCCUGUGACGAGCGGCGGAGUCACGAGCAAUAUCCCGUCGCCGGUCGAAACGAAGGCGCGGCAGAGCACACUCCUGCCAACGGCAAAGAGAAAGCACGAGGACGCAACAAAGCCCGUCGUGCGCAAAGACGACUGGACGGAGUGCAGAAAUCUCAACAGCGAAUCGAGGGAAGCGCCUCCGCGGGGGUGUCUGAAACUGACCAUAAGGGUGCGCCGCUGUCCGUGGGAAGAGUCUUCCUCCUCUUCAGCCAGCAAGCAGCAGCAGUCCGUAUACGAGAUUUUACCCGCGUCGCCCUCUCUGCAACGGGCCGAGGGAGCCGUCAUACCGACGAGUCCCUGGAAGAAGAAGAAGAAGAAGAAAGACAAGAAGAAAUCUUCCGGUCACCGCAAGCACAGUCGGAGGCGAGACGAGGAGCUUGCCUCGCCGGCCAAGCGGAUCCGGCUGAUCUUCGACAACGAGGCGAUCAACAUUGACCUUCCGCCGUCGAAGGUUCGCCGCCUGUUUUGACAAAGGCAGAAUGCGUCUAACGUGUCUCACUUGGUUGUCGACGUAAACUAUCUCUCCAGCGUCGCGAUGAGCUAUCGAGUAAGAUAAACUGCGGACAUUUCGCAGAAACGUUCAGUAGUGAAGGACGCACUAACUUCUAGGUACGUGGUUUUGACACAACGGUGCGAAAACGACAAAAACAAGGAGUUGUGCACGGACACACAGGUGGCAGGCACUUCCUGUGCUUCUCUGUCGGGACCUCUGAGGACUUUUGUGUCAUAGUUUGUUCCUUGUAAAUAUAACAUGCACUGCCA